CCCAUUUAAGACCCUCCUUCCUACAAGCAUGAGUCUGGCCCACACCACUGUGCUCCUGUGGGCCUGGGGCAGUCUCCAGGCCUUUGAAAUCGUGGAGAAGGAGAACAUUUUUCAGAAGACUCCCUGCCCAGCUUUCCUGAUGUUUGAUAAUGCUGCCUAUCUGGCUGACAUGAGCUUUGAGCUUCCCUGCCACUGCAAACCUGAGGAUGUUUCAGCUGUGGUCUGGUAUUACCAAAAGCACCUGGGAAGCAGCCACACUACAGUGCUUACAGACUUUGAUGGGCGGUUGCUCACAGAGGCGGCUCAUGUUCGAGCAGGCAGCAGCAUGCUGGUCCGCUUCAGCAUCCGGAUGUUCAGUCUGUUGGUUUUCCGGGCCCAGCCCGAGGACUCAGGCCUAUAUUUUUGUGGCACCCGUAAGGGGGACUAUUUUUAUGCCUAUGAUGUGGACAUCCAAAGCAGUGAGGGAAUGGUAGCCACCUUCAAGGACAGGGGCCAGGAGCCAUUGCCGGAUGAAUACUUUGGAAGCCUCCAUGUCUUUACUACCUUCUGGGAGUGGACACCCUGUGACCGCUGUGGGGUGCAUGGGGAACAGUGGCGCCUUGGACUCUGCUACCUGCAGAACCCUGACCUCUCCCCUCGGUACCUUAAGACACUGCCCGAUGUCGUGUCCUGUGGCUCUCGGGCUGUGCCAAGGAAACUGUGGAUCAGGACCAGGUACCACACACCUGAGCUGCUAAUUCAGAGCUGCCUAGUGUCCUGUGAGAAGAGGAAUCAGAUCCGGAAGGGUAUGCUGACAAUCUACAACUAUGUGUCCAAAAUGGGCAGCCGUCCCUGGCUGCCUCAGGUGCCCAUUCAAUUCCAUCAGCAGAGACUAGGCCAUGGCCUCAUCAUCUCCUGUCCCGGGGCCCGGCCAGAGCAUGCUGUGGCCUGGGACAAAGACCGCCAGCCCCUCUACCGCACACAAUACCUAAAAGGCGUCAACAGAUCCAUGCGCGUGUUCAUCGACCACGGCAACCAUCUCCACAUCCGCUUUACCCAGUUGAGUGACCGGGGCAUCUAUUACUGCUGGCGGCAAGGGUUGAGAAUCGCUGGCUUCCGGUUGGGAGUAACAUCUCGAGGACGCUACCCAGCCUCACUCUCAGACCCCGAGACUCGCAGUGCUGUGGAGCUCACCCUGAUAGGCUAUCUGCUCAUCACCGCAAUCUUUGUCACCAUUCAUGUCUGUCGGUGCUGUUGCUACUCAUUCCGCUGUUGUCCCAACUUCUCCACCCAUGCCCUUCUCCAACUGUGAAAGCCAGUUGUAUUUUCAGUAUGUUUGUUAAAUGGUACCAGAUGCUCCUGGAUGGGCACCUUGGGCUGGGACACGUGA